AGUAGCGCGAGCGUCUUAACUGUGAAAAAGUGCAGACGGACGGAGACUGGCGCACGUCGGUGUGCAACGGAACAUAUCCCCGGUACGCACACGGAAAAGUGGACGUGUUUAGAAGUGAAGGAGCUGAAAAUGGAUCGGGAGCCGCGGGUGUGAGGCGUUCGGGACUGGAAAUGGGCGGUCUGCUGCGGGGCUUUCUGCUGUGGACUUGGCUGCUGUCGGCGGCUCACGGCUCACCACUUCUCCUUUUUGCCAACCGGCGAGAUGUUCGAUUGGUGGAUGCAGAGGGCGUUCGAGCCGAGUCGGCCAUCGUUGUCAGUGACCUAGAGGACGCGGCGGCCGUGGACUUCCUGUACUCUGAAGGCCUCAUAUUCUGGACAGACGUCAGCGAAGAGGCCAUCAAACAGACGCACUGGAACCAGUCCUCCAACUCCCUUAAAGAAGCACUGGGAACCGGUCAGGCUGUGGUCGUCGCAGGCCUGGAUAGUCCUGAUGGCCUGGCCUGUGAUUGGUUGGGUAAAAAGCUGUACUGGACUGACUCAGAAACCAAUCGAAUUGAAGUGGCAAACCUGGACGGCACUUCCAGGAAGGUCCUGUUUUGGAUGGAUUUGGACCAGCCCAGGGCCAUCGCACUCAACCCAGCUCAGCGCUACAUGUACUGGACAGACUGGGGUGAGGAGCCCAGGAUAGAACGCGCAGGGAUGGACGGCAGCAACAGGAAAGUCAUCGUGGCUGUGGACAUCUACUGGCCCAACGGUCUGACCAUUGACCUGGUGGAGCAGAAGUUGUACUGGGCUGAUGCCAAGCUCAGCUUCAUCCACAGAGCUAACCUGGAUGGAACUGCACGUGAAACUGUAGUGGAGGGCACCCUCACUCAUCCUUUCGCCUUAACCCUGUCUGAGGAGACCUUAUACUGGACGGACUGGCAGACCCGAUCCAUUCACGCCUGUAACAAACACAAUGGAGACAAAGCCAGAGAGAUCCUCAACGGGAUUUAUUCACCCAUGGACAUCCAAGUCCUGGAGUCGCAUCGGCAGCCCUACUUCCAGACUCCCUGCAGUGACAAUAAUGGAGGCUGUAGUCAUCUGUGCCUCCUGUCUCCAGUCCCACCAUUCUACAGCUGUGCCUGUCCCACCGGGGUCCAGCUCAGACCUGAUGGAAAGACAUGCAAACCAGGAGCUGAACAGGUUUUGCUUCUGGCUCGACGGACUGACCUGAGGAGAAUCUCUCUGGACCUUCCUGACUUCACAGACAUCGUACUCCAGGUGGACGAUAUCCGCCACGCUAUCGCCAUAGACUACGAUCCCGUUGAGGGUUAUGUGUUCUGGACUGACGAUGAGGUCAGGGCCAUCAGGAGAUCGCACAUCGAUGGCAGUAACGCCAUGAUGCUGGUUACCACGGAGAUCAACCACCCAGAUGGUAUCGCAGUGGACUGGGUGGCUCGGAACCUGUACUGGACCGACACUGGCACCGACCGGAUCGAGGUAACCAGGCUCAAUGGAACUUCUCGGAAAAUUUUGAUUUCUGAAAACCUGGAUGAACCCAGAGCCAUUGUCCUAGAUCCUGUAAAUGGGUUCAUGUACUGGACAGACUGGGGUCAGCAUCCAAAGAUCGAGCGGGCCAACCUGGAUGGAACAGACCGGGUGGUUCUGCUCAACAGUUCACUGGGUUGGCCCAACGGACUGGCCUUAGAUUACUCUGCAGGGAAACUGUACUGGGGAGACGCAAAAACCGACAAGAUAGAGGUGAUCAACGUGGACGGCAGUAACAGACAGACUCUGCUGGAGGACAAACUGCCUCAUAUUUUCGGUUUCACCCUCCUGGGGGACUACAUCUACUGGACAGACUGGCAGAGACGCAGCAUCGAGAGGGUCCACAAAGUCACAGCUGUACGAGAGAUCAUCAUCGACCAGCUGCCGGAUCUGAUGGGUCUGAAGGCCACCAAGGUCACCGAGACCUACGGUACUAAUGGCUGUGCUGUGGACAACGGCGGCUGUAGUCAUCUGUGUUUUUGGCGGCGUCAGGCGGUCAGCUGUGCCUGUCCAAUGGGGAUGGAGCUGCUGUCAGAUCUGCAGACCUGUGUGGUGCCUGAAGCCUUCCUGCUCUUCACCAACAGAGACAACAUCAGGAGCAUCUCUCUUGGAACCAACAGUAACGACGUGGCCAUUCCUCUGACGGGGGUUAAAGAAGCAUCUGCUCUGGACUUUGACGUUUCUGAGAGAAGAAUCUACUGGACAGACAUACAGGCCAAGACCAUCAGCAGAGCUUAUAUGAACGGCAGCUCUGUGGAACACGUCAUAGAGUUUGGACUGGACUACCCAGAAGGCAUGGCGGUUGACUGGAUGGGUCGGAACAUUUACUGGGCCGACACUGGCACCAACCGCAUCGAGGUGGCCCGGCUGGAUGGGCAUUACCGACAGGUUCUGGUCUGCAAGGACCUGGACAACCCACGUUCUCUCGAUAAUCCACGAUCCCUGGCACUGGACCCGGCCAACGGGUACAUGUACUGGACUGAAUGGGGCGGGAAACCUCGCAUCGCCCGAGCCUACAUGGACGGAACCACCAUGAUGAUGCUGGUGGACAAGGUGGGCCGGGCCAACGGGCUGACCAUCGACUACGUAGACCACCGGCUCUACUGGACCGACCUGGACACAUGCAUGAUCGAAAGCACCAACAUGCAAGGCCUCCAGAGGGAGAUCAUUGUAGAUAACCUCCCCCACCCAUUUGGUCUGACUCAGUACCGGGACUUCAUCUACUGGACAGACUUUAACCUACGCAGCAUUGAACGGGCCGAUAAACGCAGUGGACUGAACCGCACUGUGGUUCUGCAGGGCCAGUUGGAACUGAUGCUGGACAUCCUGGUGUUCCACUCCUCCCGUCAGGAUGGAACCAAUGAAUGUUCCUAUAACAAUGGGAACUGCGCCCACCUGUGCCUGGCCACGCCCGCCGGUGCCCAGUGCCGCUGUGCCUCCCACUACACCCUGAACCCGGACAAACGCAACUGCAGUUCGCCCUCUAGUUUCCUGCUGUUCAGUCAGAAGGCCAGUAUCAGCAGGAUGGUUCUGGGGGAGCAGAGUCCGGACAUCAUCCUGCCCAUACACGUCCUGAGGAACGUCCGAGCCGUGACCUACGACCCCCUGGACCGACUGGUCUACUGGCUGGAUGGACGCCAGAACAUCCGCAGGGCCAGAGAUGACGGCACCAUGUCUGCCAUGAUUCUGAGCAGCGGCGCUCAGGCCGUGGAGAACCAGCUGCAUGAUUUGAGCCUGGACCCCUACAGCCGCCACGUCUACUGGACCUGUGAGAUGUCCAACACCAUCAACGUCCAGAGGAUGGACGGACACACGGUGGGCGUGGUCCUGAAGGACGACACGGACAAGCCCCGGGCCAUCGUGGUCAACGCGGAGAAGGGGUACAUGUAUUUCACCACGGUGCAGGAGCGCUCGGCUAAGAUCGAAGGAGCCAGUCUGGACGGAACUGAGAGGGAGUCCCUGUUCACCACCGGACUCAUCAGACCAGUCGCUCUGGCCUUGGACAACAAACUGGGAAAACUGUUCUGGGUGGACGCCGACCUCAAACGCAUCGAGAGCAGUGACCUGACAGGAGCCAAUCGCAUCGUCCUCCAGGAUUCCAACAUUCUGCAGCCAAUGGGCCUGACGGUGCUCGGAGAACAUCUGUACUGGAUCGAUCGGCAGCAGCAGAUGAUAGAACGAGUGGACAAACUGACCGGAGAAGGACGGACACGCAUUCAGGGACGCAUCUCCUACCUGACGUCCAUCCAUGCUGUGGAGGAGAUGGACCCGCAGGAGUUUGCAUCUCAUCCUUGUUCCCGUGACAACGGAGGCUGUUCUCACAUCUGUAUCGCCAAGGGUGACGGUACACCACGAUGCUCUUGUCCCAUGCACCUGGUGUUACUGCAGGACCUGCUGCACUGUGGAGACCCGCCCACCUGCUCCACGGAGCAGUUCACCUGCUCCACAGGUGAUAUCGACUGCAUCCCCAUGGCAUGGAGGUGCGACGGAUAUCCUGAAUGCGACGACAGCAGCGACGAGGAGAACUGUCCGGUGUGCUCCGCCUUCCAGUUCCAAUGCGAUAAAGGAGGCUGCAUCGACGCCCAGAGACGCUGCAACGGAGAACCCGACUGUGCAGAUCAUUCUGACGAACAGGACUGUGAGACCAUCUGUCCUCCUAAUCAGUUCCGCUGUGGAGACAACCAGUGCAUCACUAAGAAACAACAGUGUGACAACUACUCCGACUGUCCUGACGGCUCGGAUGAGCUGGCAUGUGAGUUUGUGUCUCCGUCGUCCAGCGUCCCCAACACCGGUCCCAACACCAUCGGCCCGGUCAUCGCCAUCAUCCUGUUGGUGUUUGUGAUCGGGGGUGCGUAUUUCGUAUGCCAGAGGGUGGUAUGUCGACGGUACAAGGGCCCCAGCGGAACCUUCCCUCAUGAGUACAUCAGUGGAACCCCCCACGUACCCCUCAACUUCAUCGCCCCCAGCAACUCCCAGCACGGAACCUUCCAAGGGACCUGUCCUUCAGGGAAGUCCAUGAUGAGCUCAGUGAGUCUGAUGGGCAGCAGCAGCAGCGGAGCGCCACUGUACGACCGCAACCAUGUGACCGGAGCGUCGUCCAGCAGCUCAUCGUCCACCAAAGGAGUCUUCUACCCACAGAUCCUUAAUCCUCCUCCGUCCCCAGCGACUGACCGCUCACUGUAUAACACAGAGAUAUUCUACUCAUCCAACAGUCCAUCCACCACCAGAUCAUACAGGCCGUACCACCCAGUUCGAGGCGUGGCUCCGCCCACAACGCCGUGCAGCACCGACGUGUGCGACAGCGACUACACCCCCCACCACCCACCAGUGGGGCUGCCGUCGUCAGCGGGCCGCUGGAAGGCCGUGGGCCACGGCGGCCACGGAAAACACAACAAGUACUACAUGGACCUGAACUCGGACUCGGACCCGUACCCACCGCCGCCGACGCCGCGCUCCCAGUACCUGUCGGCCGAGGACAGCUGCCCGCCCUCCCCCUCCACGGAGCGCUCCUACUUCCACCUGUGCCCCCCGCCCCCCUCGCCCUGCACCGACUCCUCGUGACCCUCCAACAGCCAGGGAGCCCGUGAGGAAGGAAGGGAUAGAGCUCCACCUCCAGGGGGGCGGGGCUGUAGCAGGACACGCCCUCGUGCCAGGCUCAGUUCACACAUGCUGCUUCUCUCUGCUGGUUCCAGUACAAGUGCCUCCAUUCAGGUCAUCAUUCCAGUCACCUCCCAGUGACCUUCACCUCUGGCUGGGCCCUGGAGCCCUGCCCCCAACCCCACCCCCCCACCAACCCCACAAGAAGGAGACCACGAGGAGAUCCAGCCGAUAGAUCCCUCAUACAUUUCCAUUCCAACACUGUCCCUGAUCCUCUGGUGGGUCGACCUCAUUCUCUGCUGAAACAAACAGAACGUACUUUUACAAAUGCACCGUGAUUCACAAACACUUACGACCAUUUUAUUCCUGUGUGGAUGCUUUAAGAAGUUUCACACCUCAGAAAUAUUAGCACAGAGACUUUAUACAAGCUGAUUUUAUAGGUUCUUAUUAAGGCUAUUCCCUCAAAUUUAUGUAAGGAAAUAAACUGUUUAAUUGGGGGAAAAAAUCCGUUUUUCCACUUUAAAAUUACACACAGAUUCACAAAAAGCAUGUGAAACUGUGUAAAUCUGAUUAAAGAAGAAUAACUGUUUAGGAGACAGUCUGUUUAAAGACUGUUUCCUCAAAUUCAUUCGUGGAAAUAAACUGUUUAAUUAGAAAAAACAGUUUUCCCUGAUCCUUAGAAAUGUUAUAAAGAAACAAAUGAGAGAUGAUCUUUAGUUUUAGCAGAAAAGUGCUUUUAAAAGGACGCGUAGUAAAUGACUCUUUCUUUUGAAAGACGUGUUCAUCAGAAUAUCAGUGAAGAUGUUGAAUGUUCUGCAUCUUUCACUUCAUCCAUUUAUGUGCAUUUACUCAAAAAACAUUAUUUUAUUCUGCUUCCUUGAACAUUUUCUGACGUCAAACCUCGAAAUGUGGAUUAAACACAUUGAUGCUGAGGUUUCAGUGAAUGACAGGGCAUUUGUGAAUCAGGUUUUAGCAGAACAUUAGCUCCACGUCACAUCAGUCCGGGACCCCCCCCCCUCCCCCAGCGUCCCACCAAGACUGAUGUGACCCUUCUUUCCUUCCUUCCUUCCAUCCUUCCUUCCUUCCUUCCUCGCUGCCUCCUCAUUGGCCGAGCAGUGGCAGGACUGUACAUAGUGUUAAAAUAAUAUGAACACAAAUAAAUCAGAGAGGAAUUAUUUUACUAUUUUAUUCAUGCUGGCUGAUUCACUUCCACGGAGGAAAAAAAGAAGAAAAGAAAAAUGGACAUGAACUCAUGAGUGGAUGGAUGGAUGGAUGAUAAGUGAUGGAAAAUAGAUAGAUGGAUAAUAAUAGAUCAAUGGAUGAUGAUGGAUGAAUAGAUAAUAGAUGGGUGAUAAUUGAUGGAUGAUGGAUGGAUCUAGAUAGUUGGAUGAUGGAUGAUAAUGGACAGAUGAUAAUGGAUGGAUGGAUGGAUGAAUGUUGUGUGGAUGUUUGUGUUGUCUGUGCUGACUGUGUGAAUGGACCCAGGGCCCAGAUCAGUCUCGAACGUGUCCUCGGUGAAUUUGUCUCUGUCAUUUCAAUGGGACGUUGUUGAGUUGAAUGUGGGGCGUGGUCAGUCCAGCCCCGCCUCCUCCACCCGCCCGUCAAAGCCCCGACCGACCACCCAAACCAAACCAAAUGUGUAAAGCUCCUGUACAUAUGUGUAAUGAAGUCCUCUGUUUGUCUGAGACGUGAACGCUGUUGGUGGUGAAUCCGAACGUCGUCUGUCCUCGUCCCGUUUACCAAAAGGAUGUUUGCUGCUAUCGUGUACAAAGUAUAACGGUUCAAGUACUUAUGAAUACACAAAACGCCCAAAAGUACCACUGACUGUAGAUCAUGAAGCUAUUUUACAGUUCAUAACAAAUUAUUCUUAUAGCGACUUUUCUUCUGUUGUAUUUGUGUGUGUGUGGGUGUGUGUGUGUGUAGAUGGUUGUGUAUUUGUGUUUAUGUGGAAAUGGUGAACGACUGAAGCUCUCAGGACUCGGACCAUGUGACCGACAGUCAAACGUCCUCCCCCCUCGUCCGUCUGCAGCGCCGCUUGUUCACAUGGGACAUGAUAUUCCACUAAUAAUCCAUUUCAAACAUUCAAACAGACACAGAACUGAGUCUGACAUCCUGGUUUUACAGAGUAUUUUUGGACAAAACGGCCAAAAAAAAAAAUCAGUUAAGCCAUCCUUUAGAACAGGGUGGUCAAACGUACGGUCCGUGGGUCCAAACACA